GAUAAAAUCCCACCCCGCAGAUACAUUCGCACACACUCGAAUUUUUUUUCUAGAAAUACAUGGGCUCACAUUUGUAUGCUGCGUUAAUGGACUAAUGGACUUAGCUAGUAAUUAAAUUAUUUAUUACAUCUAUUGAUUAAGCCUUGGGUGGGAUGUGCGCCAAGGCAAUUAGCCUCUAUUGUUAUUGACUGAUGCGUAAGCCAUUGAGCACAUAAAUAAGGCCCGAUUUUUGUUGCAACCUUGCUUUGUUUUAGUGUUCAAGUUUUGACAUGCUAUAAGCAAUUUCUUAAAAUUCGUGUGAUAGUUUGUAGUCAUAUUUUCCAUGAACUGCUUUUGUAUCACGUAUUUGCGGCAUGUUCAGUUUAUUAUCAUUUAAAUAUCAUCUUUGUCGCCUUGGAAAUUCGUAUGAUGUGAUUGCAGAUGCCUGCCGGGACAGGACACAGUUCUUUAGCUUUCUGGACUCCAGGCCAUGGAGGAGUUUCAGGCGCAGCUUAGACAAUUACCUGCUGUGCGACAUAUCCACCUAUCCCAUAUAUUAUUGGUUCGUCCUAAUAUUUAGUCUAUAUGGAGCGGUAUGUUAUGAAGUAAAUUUAAUUGUAAUUCAAGCUAUUGACCGAGAUUUCAACCAGAUGCACCAUCUCAUUCGAUUCAUACGGUUAUUCUUUACCAAAAAGGUGGUUAGUAAAAGUAUGUGGAAAGUCCAUGGCUUACAUCCAAAAGUGGCCAAAAGAUUGAGUAUUUUAAACGCCUUUAUACUAACUAAUGUCUGGGGGAGUUUGUUUUAUGCGGCUUUUUAUGUGUCUCCUAGUCACAUGGUUCCCUGGUUGUGGAUCCACCUGGCGAUAUUUGCUUGGAAACUGGUAACGGUGAUUUUACUGUUGUGGCACACGAAAGGUCAUCGAACGCGAGCCACAAUCUAUCUGUCCGUAUAUGUACUGACCAUCUGGCUUGUUUAUCAGUCGAAGUGGGCAUUUGCCACAGCCCUAAAACAGGAAACUCCAGAGAAGUUGAUGCUCUGUUCGCCAUUCAUACAACCUUUACUAAAAUAUGCUCAGUAGCAUUCAAAUGUAUCAAUAAAAAUCAUUGUGUCUAUUUAUUUAUGUGUUCAUUUCAUUCACUCCAGCUUUAGCAUUUUAUUAAUAUUU